GCGACAUGUAUCGCUAUCUGGCUUGUGACUCGUGCGGUCGUGUAUCCGAAAUAAAUAGUAAACAACAAAUAUCUCUCACAUUUGUUCCUGUUAUAAUUUUGUCUUCCUUUUUUAUGCAUUUUUAAAGCAAAGAUCUGUCAUCAAGAGUGCUGUAAGGAUCAUAUAUUUGCAGAGUAAGGAAGGCAGACGUUCAUCAUGUUGAAGCAAGACAUGCCAAGCGGGAAGGUCCUACUGAGCUUUGAGUCCAGUCCAAGGGGCAAGUCUCGCUACCAGACUCUAGCAGUAACGACCGAUGAACCAGAGCCAGAGGAGGCUAAGGAAUACGCUUCAUUCUUGAAAGCUCAAGAAAGGAAGUGUGGUCCAGAUGGAUACCUUGACUCCAACAAGUACACCCACUCCUUCCAGGUACGCGGGAAGGUCCUGGACUCCAAGGGUAACAAACCCAAGAAGGAUGGAACCAUAUCACCGGCGCUAGCCAAGUCUGCCCCACCCACUCUAGGGGCGCAGUCCAUGGGGGAUCUAUCAGGGCCCAAGAAGGUGGAGACGGUGGUGGACGUGAUGCAGAAGGUAGCCCAGGAUGAGAGGGAACAUGGCAGGAGGAUGAAAGUCAUUGAGGAUCACAUGUGGCAGCAUAGACAAGAAGAGAGAGAUCUGAAGAGGGCAGAAGGAGACCUUAUGAAGAACCAGGCCUCUCUCAAAAGGACCAUGAGGGACUAUGAAAUAGCCAUCAGUCGUAGGAAACAGUCAGAAGACCAAAAGAUGUUGGAUAAUAAACAGAAGGAGUUUUUCAUUACAAGGGAUUACGUUCAUCAAAAAGAAGGGCUCACAAAGAAGAAUAUAGAGAAAACUGUAGCGAAACAGCAACAACUCAAGGAUGAAGACAGAAAGCUUCUUCUAUCAGUUGGUGACUUGGAAAGGAAGUACCGUGCCAAGAUGGAUGAGAUUGAGCUGCGCCGCAUCGAGGUUCAGAAACUGAGCGAGGAGUUCACCAAGAGGAUGGUUCUCAAGGAAGAAGAGACCCAUCGACUCAACAAUGAACUCACAGACCUCGCUCUCAACAUCAACAUGGAGAUCAAGAAGAACCAGACCGUCAUCAAAGACACUAGAGAAGAUGCUCUGGCUGAAGGCAACGAUAGGUGGAGGCAGACAAACGAGACAGAAAGGAAAUACGAACAAAAGCUCAAGAAAACGAAGGACAAGGCAGACGUAUUUGAGAACAGCAAGAGGAAACUGAGUCUUGAUAAAUCACUAGCAAGAACUGGAAUGGAGGAAAAGAUACGUGAUGAGGGUAGAGCUUUACUGGAUACCAGGAAUCAACUGGGAGAUAACCGCUUCACCCAGAAGAAACUACAAGAGGAGGCUCUCAAUACCAAGCUAGACCUGACCAAUAGGAAGAUAGAAAGAAGGCUUCAGAUUCACAAUGCAAGGAGAGAGAAGAGACUGCAGAACAUCACCACCGAUAAGAAGGGACAACACAAGGCGUCUGUGGCUAAGUGGACCGAGAGAUACAGCAAGAAAUAUUACGACGCUUCCAGGAGACAGAACGAAGAUGCAAUGAAACAUGCGCAGAGGACUGUAUCUAAGCUGGAGGAGAUCGAGCACAACAUAUCAAACCGAGUGCGAGACUCGGAGCUGUCUCGCAAGCAGCAGGAGCAGCAGGCCAGGCGCCUCAGCAGCAAGCUGGCUGAGAUGAAGAGGCAACAUCAGAUGCUCAUCAAGCAACAGAUGAUCGACUGUGCCAACAAGGAGAGAGAUCUAGAGCAGAAACUACUCAGGCAGCAGUCGGAAUUAGCAAAGGCUCAUACUAACCGUGAAGAGGGGUAUCUUACACUCCAGAAGCACAGGAUGUCUAUGGUGGAGGAUGUCAAUAUACUCAGCGAGACUGCCAGGGAACAUCAAAGGCUGAUGAGGAUAGGACAAAAAAGUGACGUGCUGAGCAGUGUACCUUGAUCAUCUCAGAGCAUACGCCUUUAACUCUCUGAGUUUCAUAUGUGGAAUUGCCAUGUAUAGUUUCUGAUGGCAUUUUGAGCGUACGGUAUGCAGAGGCUUAAAUCAUAAUGAACAUGUAAGGAGGGUUAAUCAUCCUCCCAUCUGAGCAUGACAUGUGAUGCGUAUCCAUGGUGACACCUUCCUUUAUCGAUGGGCUAUGCAAGAUCUUCACUCUUCCUCUCUGUGAUAUGGUUGCUGUAUACACGUAGGUUGAUCUGGAAAGAAGUUGUCAAGUCAAGACCUUGAUGCCACUCCUAGGGAGCUUAGCGAAAGAGACUGGCAUGAAAAGACGUAUCGGAAAUGCACCAAAAAAACAUAAUUGUUGCAAUCAUAUUCUUAGUGCAUUGAAGUAGAAUAAGAUAAGAACAUGAAAUUGAUAAAUACCUUUACUACCUUUUAUUAGGCCCUGAAAUACCCAAAGUUAUAUUUCAGAUGUCACAAAUAACCACUUUUGAUUCACCGACUACCAUAUGCCUCUUGUACGUGUUCCGGAUGCGUCUUUAUCGUGCCACUACACUUUGCUAAACUACCAUACGCGACAGAGGGUCGCGGGUCAACCAUAUAAUCUCAACUUUUGGCACUUGCUUGGACUCUGAUGUAAAGGACUACUUUUCUCAGACUGAAGCAUCACUUUACAUUACGUUUUUCUUUCUUCCAAGAGAGGACUUCUACCAGUCUCUUUAAUUGGUAAAGAGUGCUCACACAUAUUUACAUGAAAUUGCACAAGUUAUAUUAGUUUCUUUAAAGCCAUUUACAGUAAUGUCAGUGAGUGGCCUCACCAAACUUUACCUAUUUUUUAGUAUUUCAAAUUCUUUAUUUGAAAUGAUUGCUGAUUUUUCUGAGAUAUUAGGGAUAGGUAGAAGGCAAGAACAUUAUUUCCAUUUGCUUAUGAAUUAAAAAAACACAACCUAUUAAGCCCAUAUGAUGCAGGCACUGAUCAAAUUGAGCUAUGAUUGGGUAAGGGUUCUUGGAAUCCUUUGGGGAAUGCAUCCAUUUGUGUAAAUCAUAUUGCCUCUUUUUGUAUCACUAAUGGAAGUCUCUGUCUGUUGAAAAUGGACAUGGUAGAUAGCCUUCUUGGCCCUGUUUCAUAAAAUUGUUAUAGAAGAUAACUACCACAUUCCUGCAUUAAAUGUGUUCCUUGCUAUGCUACAUUGUAGCUACAGUCAGUUAUUAUUUAUAAAAAGAUUUAUGAAAAAGCUGCUGUUCUUGCACUAUGUCUGGUUUUCUUCUCAUAUAUUUUAUAGGAUGUGUAUUCUGGUUUUGAAUAAUAGAGGUAUCACAUAUUUUAAAUUGAUGGAGUCUGAAAUUGAUAUUGAACUUUUGAUUUGAUUUAUUGUGCUUUUGCUUUAGGUAUUCUUACACUUUUAUCAAUUUGAAGAGAUGAAUUGUCAUUGUCUUUCAUUACUUAAAAUAUGCUGCUGAUAUAUAUUGUGAAACCUUUAUUAUUCAAGUAAUGCAAUGAAUCAGGUAUGGAGACAUUUUGUAUUACACAGUGGAAGCAAACGUUGUCUUGUGAAAGCCAGCAGAGCACUUAAUCUACAACUUGUAUGUAAAAUACUUACAACAAAACUGCAGAAUUACCUGCCAGUAUAAAUGAAAGCAAUCACAUGUUUUUAGAAUUUAGAUUAUGACUUGUAUGAAGAUUAACACACAUUCUCCAGAUAUUAGGGCAAGUAUCUUUCUUAUAACAUAAGGUUAAUGUGUAUCUUAAAGUGAAUAUGAUUUAACAAAUAUAUGGUGUAUAUUACGUACCGUCUGUCUAUGCAAUAUGAAAUUAUCUAACUGUGCCUUUUAAAAAUAAAUAUGCAUUUUAUUUGCUAGAUAG